AUGGGCAACAAGAUACGGAAAAAUGGAGGACCAAACGAGUCCAAGUCCAUCACUACAGAUGAGUGUUUUGGAAACAACGCUAUGGCAACACCAUCAUCUCAGGGUCUGGAUUUAAUCAAAGCAACAUUCCACGGUGAUGAGGCUCAUUCCCACAUCUUUGUGGUUUUAGGUGCAUCGGGUGACUUAGCCAGAAAAAAGAUCUACCCUACCCUAUGGUGGCUGUUUCGUGAUGGUCUCUUGCCACACAAGACCUUCAUCAUUGGCUAUGCCCGUUCAGACAUCACCAUUGAAAACAUUCGUUCAAAAUCGGAACCCUACAUGAAGGCAAGUUAUUGGCUUUUGUUUGUUUCCUGCGUUGUCUUGCUUAAUCGUCAACCCCUAUUGUUAGAUCAUCUUAAGCAGUUCCCCCCCCCCACAUCAAAUAUACAAGACUGCGUUAUGUUUAAUGCUGCAUACUAG